AUGGUGGCGAGCAAAACGGAUGGAGCGCAAGCAGCGGGAACAUCUGCGAACACCGCGACGAAUACUACCGCAAUAAAAAAGAAACCAACGACAACCUCUGCGUCGCAGAAAUUACGCUCGACGAUUAUUCAGUUCACGUGUGUUGCUUUGGUCGUUUCGGGGAUAACUCUUCUUGUGAAUGCCGUCGCGCAUCACGGAAUACCGGACAUCGAUCCUCAAAAGGUACACAAAGCGAUUAAAAAAGCGGGAUAUUUAGGCAUCGUGAUUUACAUCCUCGGGUUCGGCUUGGCGGAGUUGUUACACUUACCCGGCUUAGUUUUCGUCACCGCCGGGGUCAUGUGCUGGGGACACUUCAACGGGUGGAUGUUAGCGCUGUGCAUGGCGCCGUUGAGUUGCACGAUUAGUUUCUUAGUCGUCAGAAGGGUCGGAGGACAGGCGUUGGCGGAUGUGCAGUUUACCAUCGUGAAACGAAUGAUGAGCCAUUUGGACGAUCGGCCGGUUCUCACCGUCGUUGGUUUACGAACGGUGUUUUUCCUCGCGCCGGCGAUUAAUUACAUAUUAGCUUUGAGUACGAUUCGAGCGCGAGAUUUCGUUCUCGGGACGGCGUUGGGGUUAGUUUUGCCGCUCACGGUGGCGGUGUAUUUUAUAGAUAAUUUGAUUAAUUACAUGGGGUGGGGGAGAGAACGUAACGUUGGAGACGCGCAAGGUGGUGUCAGCGGCGUUUGA